GAUGGAAGUACAUGCGCAUGAUGCAUGCAUACUAACCGAAGUUUACAUGGUUUAGCGCAUGUGCCAGGUGAUCGAAACUUCAAUGGCAGUACCAGGCCUCUAAAAAGUUGGGUAAAUAGAACUUUGCUGUGGAUAUUUUGGCUCUUAAUUCAACCAGCUGAAGCACCAACCAUACAGAUAACCGGUAGAGCUUCAGGCUACAGAAAACCCAAUACCACUUCCAACCAGAGGAAAAAAGCAGGUCCUAAACCAGACUUGACAGAGGAACAAAAGCAGGAGAUCAGAGAGGCCUUUGACUUGUUUGAUACAGAUGGGUCGGGCACAAUUGACGUGAAGGAACUCAAGGUUGCCAUGCGUGCCCUUGGCUUUGAACCAAAGAAAGAAGAGAUCAAGAAGAUGAUUGCAGACAUUGACAGGGAGGGCUCUGGGACCAUUGAUUUUAAUGACUUUCUCUGUAUGAUGACACAGAAAAUGAGUGAAAAAGACUCAAAAGAAGAAAUUCUGAAGGCUUUCCGCUUAUUUGAUGAUGACGGCACGGGCAAAAUCUCCUUCAAAAAUCUCAAGAGAGUUGCCAAGGAGCUAGGCGAAAGCCUGACAGAUGAGGAAUUGCAGGAAAUGAUUGACGAAGCAGACCGAGAUGGAGAUGGCGAGAUCAACGAGCAGGAGUUUCUAAGGAUAAUGAAAAAGACAAGUCUCUAUUGAAUGUCUUGUGUUUUCCAACAUUUAUUUUUUCCACUGCUGGAACUUAUGUCUUUGAUUCUUUUAAUGGUACUUUAUGAUAUAGUGGCUUUUUUCAUAUGCGUUGUAAAUUAUUAUAACAGCUCUAUACACCGAUUGUAUGAUAUUUGAAAAAAAAUAAAACAUAUUUAAUCAUU